AAGAUAAGUAAUGGCCGCUGAUCACGAAAUUGACGCACCACUGCUUCAAAACAAACACGACGGCGACGAUUCUCCGAUUGAGCAGGUGGCGCUGACGGUUCCAGUCACCGACGAUCCAUCACUGCCUGUGUUCACUUUCCGAACAUGGAUACUUGGAACCCUAGCGUGCGCUCUUCUCUCAUUCCUCAACCAGUUUUUCUGGUACCGCCGGGAGCCAAUAUCCAUGACCGCGAUCUCGGCGCAGAUCGCGGUGGUUCCGAUGGGGCACUUGAUGGCGGCAACGGUGACGAAGCGAGUGUUCAUGAAGGGGACGAAGUUGGAGUUCACGCUGAAUCCGGGGAACUUCAACGUGAAGGAGCACGUGCUCAUCACCAUCUUCGCCAAUUCUGGAGCCGCUAGUGUUUACGCCAUCCAUUUCGUCAGCAUCGUUAAAGUCUUUUACAAGAGAGAGAUGUCCAUUUUUGUGGCGUGGCUUGUUGUGAUAACUACGCACUUAUUGGGCUUCUGUUGGGCCGGGCUUUUUCGCCGUUACUUGGUUGAGCCCGCUGCCAUGUGGUGGCCACAAUAUCUUGUUCAGGUCUCGCUCUUCAGGGCACUACACGAGAAAGAAGAGAGGCCAAAGGGCGGGUUAACUCGGAAUCAGUUCUUUCUCAUAGCAUUUGUUUGUAGUUUUGCUUAUUAUGUGUUUCCAGGCUACUUGUUCCCUAUGUUAACAUCACUUUCCUGGAUCUGUUGGGUGUUUCCCACUUCUAUUAUAGCACAACAGUUAGGUUCAGGGCUGCAUGGACUUGGACUUGGAGUUGUUGGUUUCGAUUGGUCCACUAUAAGUGCUUAUCUUGGUAGCCCUUUGGCUAGUCCUUGGUUUGCUACGGUUAAUGUCGCUGUUGGUUUUGUUAUUUUCAUAUAUGUACUUACACCCAUUGCUUAUUGGCUGAAUAUCUAUGAGGCAAGAAGAUUUCCUAUAUUUUCAGAUGAUCUAUUCAUGUCCAAUGGCAAAAAAUACAACAUCUCAGAUAUUAUAGACUCCAAUUUUCACCUUGACUUAGAAACUUAUGAGCGACAUGGCCCUCUUUAUCUUAGCAUCAACUUUGCUAUGGCAUAUGGGUUUGGUUUUGCUUGCCUUUCAGCAACCCUUGUACAUGUGUUGCUCUUCCAUGGAAGUGAAAUAUUGAAACUUAGCAAGUCUGCUUUCCAAGAGAAGAUAGAUAUACACACAAAGCUUAUGAGAAAGCAUUAUAAGCAAGUUCCUGAAUGGUGGUUUGUUUGCAUUCUUUUGUUCAACAUCACGGUAAUUAUGUUUAUGUGUGAGUAUUUUGACGACAAACUCCAGCUGCCAUGGUGGGGUGUGCUAUUAGCUUGUGCUGUUGCCAUGUUGUUCACACUUCCAAUUGGAAUAAUAAGAGCCACAACAAAUCAGGCUCCAGCUUUGAAUGUGAUAACAGAGUAUAUAAUUGGAUACAUCUACCCGGGAUAUCCUAUUGCUAACAUCCUGUUUAAAGUGUAUGGGAACGGAAGUAUGAGACAGGGGAUUUCUUUUUUACAAGACUUCAAGCUUGGCCAUUACAUGAAGAUUCCUCCUAGAGUGAUGUUCAUAGCACAGAUUCUUGGGACCACUAUAUCUGCAUUGAUGCAUUUAGGAACAGCUUGGUGGCUCAUUAACACUAUUCCAAAUAUAUGCAAUAGAGAGUUGCUUCCAGUGGGUAGCCCAUGGACAUGCCCAAGUGAUCAUGUAUUCUAUGAUGCGUCUGUGAUAUGGGGCUUGAUAGGGCCUCGUAGAAUUUUUGGAGAUAUUGGACAUUACACGGCCAUCAAUUGGUUCUUUUUAGUUGGGGCUAUUGCUCCUACCUUAGUUUGGGUAGCACAUAAGGCCUUUCCAAAUAGACAAUGGAUUAGACUAGUCAAUAUUCCUGUGCUAUUGGCAGCAGUUGCUGAAAUGCCUCCAGGUACACCAGUGAACUACACUAGUUGGGUUCUUGUUGGAUUUGCCUCAGGGUUUAUUGCUUACCGCUACUAUCGUGGAUGGUGGAGCCGACAUAACUAUGCUUUAUCUGGAGGACUUGAUGCUGGAUUAGCCUUCAUGGGAGUGCUACUUUACUUGUGUUUAGGGAUGGAGCAGAUCAACCUAAACUGGUGGGGCAAUGACUCGGAUGGAUGUCCAUUAGCUUCAUGUCCUACCGCUCAAGAGAUCAUAAUUGAGGGGUGUCCUCUUUACUGAAUUAUAAGUGUCAGUUAUGUAGCUGUAAUAGUAGCAUAGUCAUUCA